AUGCCGUGCAGCUCCCCUCCCCCCGGAACCGGCACCACAAGACCAGCAUCGAAGCGAAGGCACUGGCACCGGCACCGGCACCGACAAUCUCAGAACAACACCCGGCCCCACCCCGAAGCAAAUCUAGUCCUGGGCCCCAGGGAUCCGAGGCCCCAGGGGCGCCCGACCCCCAGACAGGAGCCCCAGCAAGGCCCCGGCCGGCCGGGGCAGCGGAGAGGCUGCCAGGAACGAGCCGGCAGCCACCCGGGCAUCCACCCCCAGACCCCAAGCCCCACCAGACCAAAGACCCGGCGGCACCAGUGGCUUGUCCCAGGACUAUCGGAUGACCCAAUAAGUGAACCUAAAAUCCGGAUGGGGCGGAGGGGAGCGGCGACCCCGCCACUUCGAGCCCGGCCACCCACCCCGCACACGGACCGGACCACCCCCAGCAAGAGCCCCCCCCGGGACCGGGGCCCACCCAUCCCACGCAGGCCACCCAACUCAGAACCGCCACCCCCAAAGAAAAAAAAAAAAAAACCUACUUUAACCAGGCACUUCAUGCCCCUCUUUCCAACCUUCUUUGGGGAGAGCAGAAGUAACAGCCCCAGCCACCGGUGGCUCACUCUUCCUCCUGGCCCCAGACUCCGGGAGGCAGCAGGAGAACAGGGGUGUGAGAAGACCCCGAUCCUCCCUGCGGCCGCUCAGAUGUGGUGUUGA